CCCGGAGCCGCCCCCGGUGGAGCCGCGGGAGCCGCGGGCAGCGGAGCGGGAUGAACGGAGACUUCCCCAGCUGAGCUCUCCCGAGCCAAGAGGCACCAAAUGGUCUCUGUGAGCUGCCAGGACCUGCUGCCCUCCCUGCAGUGCAGGAUGCCACCGUCCCUCCUGCCAGGACACGCGGCUGACAGGACAUGUGGCCACCCCCAGGGCUCUGGCCGUGUCCUGGCGGGCAGCACUGACCCUGCUGAGCCUGUCCUGCUGCCCAGUGCCAAGCUGGAGCCUCCCAAAGCCCAGCUUAUCGAGGCUCAGCUCAGGCUGCCCGACUUCUGCCUCUCGCAGGACUUCAUCCCCACGCUGGAGGAGAUCGAGGAGUUCCUCAGGGAGAAGGCAGAGCUGUGCAGGGAUGGAGCAGAGCUGCCCAGGGAUGGAGGAUGGAAUCCUCAGAGCAAAGCUGAGCUGGGCUCUGGGAUCCCCACCGAGCCCCAAGGAGGAGGAGGACACGUCCCCAACGCUUUGGGGACAGCUGCAGUGGCUGCUGGCAGCAUCCCCGUGCUGCUGCAGCUCCAGCCCCUCCCGAUGGACAGCAUCACCCCCCCAGCCCAGCCCGGGGGUCUCAGGGUGGCCCAGCUGCUCAUCAGCCUGCAGAGCCCAAAGCUCCCCCAGCUGCAGCCCCCUGGCACCAUCCCGGAGCAGAAAUUCGUGCGGAUCGCCCCUGUGCCGGGGGCUGGGGGGUCAGGGGAUGCUCGGGGGGCUGGGGCAGCCCCCAGGGACCAGCAGGGACCCCCUGCCCUGCCCCGCAGCCACCGCUGCUCCCACCCGGGCUGUGGCAAGGUUUAUUCCAAGAGUUCUCACCUCAAGGCUCAUUUCCGCCGGCACACGGGGGAGAAACCGUACAGCUGUGCCUGGCCCGACUGCGGCUGGAGGUUCUCCCGCUCGGACGAGCUGUCCCGCCACAAGCGCUCCCACUCCGGGCUCAAGCCCUACCAGUGCCCAGCCUGUCAGAAGAGCUUUGCCCGCAGUGACCACUUGGCCAAGCACCUGAAGAUCCACCGGGGCCAGCCCUGCAGCCCACGGACACUCCCAGGGGGCAGCAGGAGUUGAUUCAUCCCCGAGGAGGGGGAAUCUCCUGAGCGAGGACGGGAGGAUUUGUUGUCCCAUUUUUCCAGGUUGUUUCUGGCCCUGCUGUUCCUCUCUGAAAUACACGUGGUGGAAAUCAGCCUGGAUUUGGGGUGUGUGGAGAGCUGUCAAACAGGGAUCAGGAGUUUUAGAAUCCCAGAAUGGUUUGGGUUGGG